AUGCCUGCGAUCUGCGAGUUCACCGCAAGUCAGUAUACGUUUUCAAGUUUUAAUCCAAAGUUUGUAGCAGUUUUUAUAAAAUUUUGAUCAUUUUGGACCUGAAAAACUCUGAUUCUUUUUUUGGAUAAUUCCAACUUCCUUGAUCAUGAUUUUUUCUUUCUUAUUUCUUUUAACUCUGACCAGGUGUGUUUACAGCUAGCAAAAUCCGCAAAAUCGAUGUCCACGCUCACGUCUUGCCCAAAAACAUACCGGAUUUUGAGAAGGUUUGGAAAAAAAAUUUAAAAAUUUUUAGUUUAAUUUUUUUUUACUUUUCAAUUAAAUUCAGGAAAUUUGAUAACUUUAGCGGUUCGGCUACGGAGGAUUCGUUCGCCUUGAUCACAAACAAGAUGGAACAACGCACAUGAUGAAAGACGGAAAACUGUUCAGGUUCUUCCUUCGGAUUUUUUUGAUUAGUAUCUUCGAAUCUUAUCAUUCAUUUUAAUUGACUUUGAAGUAUUCAUGACGCAGAAUAAAAUUUUAAGGCUUUUUCAAAAAUCUUCUUUUUCUUCUUACGACUUUGUAACACUUGAGCGGCGUCGACGCCCCAAGUUCAUUACCCGAGGUCCUAUCCUGAUAAUCAGUGAUAAUCACUGGGCAGGCUUUAGGGAUACAUGCGUCCUUGUGUGUGACUGCGGGGGAUUGUGAAGCCGGCGUUUCCCACUACCAACAUUUAUAAAACCCUCUGGUUACGUCGCGUCGUGGUCGACCCAGUGAGCCUCAGGACAGGCACACAACGUGUUGCGCUACGGCGUUCUUUCAAUAAACGCAGCAAGAAAUAUGGAACCCGAUUAUAAAGUCUUUCUCCUUAAGAUUUUUCUGACAAAGUACAAAAUCUUUCGAAUGGUGGUUCAUCGGCAGAGUUUUUACAAUAGGAGAAUAUAACAGGAGAUAUUAUUUAAUAAGAAAAAAGAACGAGAAAAAAGUACGUUUUUUCUAUAUAAAAAAAAUGCUCCUCAAUCAAACAAAAAGUUAGUAGUGGAUAUAAGCUUUGUUUUUGGAGAAUAUUUAUUUUGUUGGAGAGUCGUAGAACCGAACUGCUUCGACACAGCGACCCGAAUCGCCGACAUGGACCGCGCCCACGUCAACGUCCAAUGUCUGAGCACAGUUCCUGUCAUGUUCUGCUACGGAGUUUGUUUUCCUUUCUGUCUGUCAUUUUUUAUACUAUAAACUUUUAAACUAAUUUUUUAGAUCUUUGUUUUCAAAGUGAUAGUAAUCAAAUCUAUCAAAGUUUGAAAUAAAAAAGACGACUGGCGUUUUAAUGACAUUUUUAUUGCUAUUUUGCAUACCGAAAAACACUGAGAUUUACGGAAAAUAGGAUUUACCACCGUAAAAAAACUUUCAAUUUCAACAAUUGAUUAAAUGAACUGAAAAAUGUUUUUUUAAUUUUUUAGUUAAAUAUCACUUGCAUUUCUAAUUUUUUUUUUUUUGACAAGCAUUACUUAAAAAAUUCCGAUUAGAAGAAUCUGGAGAUAUUUUGAGAGUUUGAAGGUUCUUGGGCCGAUCGCCAGAAAUAUAACUUCCUCAUGACUAUGUCAAUAAUUCAGCUUCGGAAUCUUAGCCAUUCCAUGAAAGAGAUCCUUGCGCGGGAAUUUCAAAUAUCACGCGAUUCCCGCAGCUGAAAAAACUUUCGUGAUGCAAGAAUAUGCUAAAAUAUUCGCAUUUCACAAAUCGAGUUACUUUGUGAUUUCUAGGCAAAGCCAGAGGACACGGAAAUUGUGAGCCGAUUUGUGAACGACGACCUUUUGGCCGAAUGCCAGAAGCAUCCAGAUCGCCUAGUUCCUCUCGGUACGCUGCCAAUGAAUGACGUCACUCGAGCAAUUCAGGCCAGUUGUUUUCAUUAUAUUAUUAUGAAUAAUUUAUUGAGAUGAAACAAUGAUUGAGAGAAAACCAUGAAGUACAUUGUGGGAUGA